AUGUCAGACACGAGUAUGCAAGUUGAUACGGUGCCUUCUGAGGUACCGGCGACAAAAAAGCGCUUUGAAAUAAAAAAGUGGAAUGCUGUCGCAUUAUGGCAGUGGGACAUUGUUGUCGACAACUGUGCUAUUUGCCGUAAUCACAUCAUGGAUUUGUGCAUCGAAUGCCAGGCGAACCAGGGUGGUGCUGCUUCUGAAGAAUGCACAGUCGCUUGGGGAACUUGUAAUCAUGCAUUUCACUUCCAUUGUAUUUCGCGUUGGCUGAAUACACGAAACGUUUGUCCCCUCGACAAUCGCGAAUGGGAAUUUCAACGUUAUGGUCAUUGA